GGCACUGGGCAUGACUUGGGUCAAAGUUGUUGCAACAAAGUCAAAUAUUUUGGCUUUUCAGUAAAUACUAGUUUGUUUUGUCUUCUAGUAUCAAGAAUACGGAUUAUGUAGACGAUAUUUUAAACUAGAAUAUCAUUUGACAAGGGGAAUAUUUACCCCAUAAAACCUGAAGGCACGAGAAAUCAAGAUAUAGUUUGACAUUUUUGUUGUACUUUUAUGGAUUUUUCACAUAUGAUGAAAAACGUUAGCAUAUAAUGUAACCCGGGAAGGAGGAGCCAGCCUCAAGUAGUGGUGAUGCGUGCCAAAACCUUCCCUAGAUGCGCUUAACUUCAUUACUAAAUAACUACAAUGCUGUGGAGUGGGAAACUUAUAAGGAUGGCAGCACUUGCAUCCAGAGUGAGAGCAUGCUGCCGCCGCCGCCUGCACUGGCCUUCUCGGAAAGUCAGAAACACUUUCAUUGAAUACUUUAAGGACCUUGGUCAUCAUCAUGUUCGCUCAAGUCCUGUGAUCCCAUGGAAUGAUCCAACCUUGGCUUUUGUUAAUGCUGGCAUGAACCAAUUCAAAGGAGUAUUCCUCGGUGAGACCCAGAGGGAGUAUGCUCGUGCUACAAGCAGCCAGAAAUGCAUACGUGUUGGUGGCACACACAAUGACUUGGCACAAGUUGGUACUGAUACAUUUCACCAUACAUUCUUUGAGAUGCUUGGAAGCUGGUCUUUUGCUGAUUAUUUUAAGAAAGAGGCUUGUUCAAUGGCAUGGAAGUUAUUAACUGAGGUCUAUAAACUACCUCCAAACCGUCUCUACAUAACAUACUUUGGAGGAGAUGAUGCUCUAGGACUUGAAGCUGACAAGGAAGUUGAGGAGAUUUGGAGAUCAAUAGGAGUUCCCAGCAACAGAAUUAUUCCUUUUGGAAUGAAAGACAAUUUCUGGGAGAUGGGAAUGUUUGGUCCUUGUGGUCCCUGUACCGAAAUCCACUAUGACCGCCGAGGAUAUCCACUUGCUUCACACAGAGUCAACCUUGGUGUGGAGGAUGUAAUAGAGUUGUGGAAUAUAGUGUUCAUCCAGUAUGAAAGGAGGUUAAAAGACUGCAGUCUUCAGAGCCUUGGCACUCAUUAUGUGGAUACUGGUAUGGGUCUGGAGAGAUUAACAGCAACCUUGAAUGGCAAAACAUCCAACUAUGAUACAGAUCUUUUUAUUCCUAUAUUUUCUGCUAUAGCAAAGGCAAGGUUAUGGAUUAAUAACUAUUCUUCAAUGAAUCUUAUUCAUUUUGAUGAUGGAGACUUGGAUGAAGCUUUUGCAGGGGUGUGUGUUGCUGGUUUUUCAAGUCAUAAAUUGCGUCGCAUAAUAAGAAGAGCCAUCAACGUUGGCAACAACCAGUUUUGUUUCACCCAUGGAAAGAACAGCUUAAUAGAACUGACUAAAAUUGUGGCAGAAAAUCUUGGUGAAGUAUAUCCAGAACUCUGUGGUCAGUUGGCAAGAGUUCACAUUAUCCUUGAACAUGAGGAAAAUUAUUUGUGUGAAAUGCAAGAAAAGCUAAGCCAAGCAUGGAAAGAUUUGCUGUUGAAGAGACCAGAACUUAAAAAUGUUUCAGAUUUACAGACUCCAGGUUUGAUGGAUGGUAUACAAGAAAUUACAGGCAAUUUAGAUGAGUGGAAAAACUGUGGCUCUAGACUUCCUGGACACAUGGCAUUUAAACUCUAUGAUACUUAUGGCCUUCAUUAUGAUUUAAUAGAAGAACUUGCAGAAAUAUAUAACUUGAGUGUUGAUCAGCAAGGUUUUUACUUAGCCCUUACAGAAGCUAGACUAAGAACAAAAAUGGCAGGACAACAAAAACUAGAAAGAGAUCAAAUAUUUAAUAAAGAAAAGCUGUUUAGUGAUUUAAAGACAUCAAAUAUACCAAUUACUGAUGAUAGUUUCAAAUAUCAGUAUGAAUACUCAAAUGGUAAUUAUGAAUUCAUGCCAGUUAAAACAAAGGUGUUGUUAAUAUUUCAUGAUGGAAAACAAGUUGAAAAAUCAGUUGGAGAAGGAAUCAUUGGUGUUAUUCUUGAAGCAACCAAUUUUUAUCAUGAAGCUGGUGGCCAAGAAGGAGAUAUUGGAAGAUUAUGCACAAGUAGUUCAAAAAUUAGCAUUACCCAUGUAGACAAUGUUAAUGGUUACAUUGUUCAUUGGGGUGUCUUGGAGGAAGGUGAAUUGUGUGUUGGAGAUAUGGUGACAACCACCAUUUGUGAAACAAGAAGAAUGGGAUGUAUGCAGAAUCAUUCAGCAUCACAUCUUCUUAACAGUGCAAUCAGAGCAAUAACAGGUUUAUCAUGCCAGAAAUCAUCUCAUGUAUCUCCGGAUCAUUUUUAUUUGCAAGUGCGUACAUAUCAAGCCCUGGACCACACUGUCAUCCGCAAGACUGAAGACCUAGUCAAGAGAUGGAUUGCUGUGAAGAGUCCCAUAAACAGAAGAACUGUAAACAUUAAUGAGAUCUUCCAGGAACCAAACAUUUGCCUUCUGCCUGGGGAAGUGUAUCCUGACACUGUGCACAUCAUAUCCACAAAAUUGCUUGGUGACAAGGAAUUCCUCUCAUUGUCAUCAACUGAACCUUGCUGUGGGACUCAUCUCUCCAAUACUGGAGAUAUAGGCAAUUUUGUCAUCGUAAAUGUUAAUACGGCUGGGAUUGGCAAUACCCGUAUUCGUUGUGUGUGUGGUGAAACAGCAACAGAAGCAGAAGCAAAUGCUUUGACAGUUCUUCAACAGUUAGAAGAAUGGCAAGUGCUAAUCCUAAAGGAAAUUAAUACUGGUAUUAAAGAGAGAUUAUCCCAACUUGAACGGGACCUUCAAGCAUGGUACACAUCUAAUAAAAUUAUUUUGAUGCCAUAUCUUGUGCAUGCCCAAAUUAUUGAAUUUACAAACAAUUCUGCAAGACUUUUGAGGAAUGCACUAAGAGGAGAUGCAAAUAAGGAGAUGGUGAAUGAGAUGAAGGAAGUCAUUAGUGUGCAGCCGGAUGGUCCUAUCAUGUAUCUAUUUAAGACAGACUUUGGAAGAAGUAAAGCUACAUUAAGUAAAGCUACAGUGCUUGCCGGGCAACGACCUGUACUUGUACUGGCAAAGUCUGAAGGAAUAAUAAAGGGCCGCUCCAUUAUGCCUGAGGAAAUGUUAGUGUGUGGUGCCUCAGCCUCUGCUUGGAUGACCAGUGUGAGUCAGGUGUUGGGUGGUAAAGUGGCAGCUCCAAGAUAUCAGAAUCCCUUACUGGUGUGCAAUUUUCGAAGUCAAAAGAUAGAUCACAUCAAUGUUGACAGUAAAUUAAGAGAGGCACUUGAAGCCUCUGAACAUUAUAUUUCUAAAUUUUAUUAGGAUGAAAGCAUACUGAACCAGUGAUCAUAAUUUUGUUUAUUGUUACAUUUCAUGCAAUAUACAAUUGUUUUUAUUCCACUAAAACAUUGGUAAGAUACAUUUUGUACAGUAUUAAACAAAAAAUACAAAUGUUUGACUGCAAGCCUUCAGCUAUACAAUGUUUCUUCCAGCAGGAUGAAACAUUCUACAAAUAAAGGACUCCACUGCAUUUUUUUCACUUAAAACAAUAUUGUACAAAAUGUACAGGGAAUGAUGCCACACACUUGUCAUGUGCUGAAGUACACCUGGAGGGGGACUUCGGGAGUCCAUGCCCCUGUGGCCUGGUCUGUAACGAGGCCUGAUAAACCAGGUUGUUACUGCAAACAAACUGAUGUAUGAGCCAUAGCCCAGCUGGUCAGGUACUGACUUUAGGUGCUUGUCCAGCACUUUCUUGAAGACAGCCAGGGGUCUAUUGGAAACCCCUCUUAAGUAUGCCAGGAGGCAGUUGAACAGUCUUGGGCCCCUAACACUUAUUGUGUUGUCUCUUAGCAUACUCACAGUACCCCUUCUU